AUGACAGAAAAGUCGCCGACAUCCUAUGGUCUAUCAUGUGAACCAAGUAUAUUGCCAUCAUCGACAAAUCAAAAUGAAGUUGAUACAAAUUAUGAAAAUAUUAUUGAAAGUUUACUUCUACAACAAGUAUUAUUAUAUACACAGGAACGAUGUCAAGCAACAUACUUGACUAGUUCGAAUCCAACAUUCAAAACAACUAAUUCUAAGUGGGAACAACAAAACCAAAAUAAAUUAUUUAAAAAUUCGAAUGAUGAAAAGUUGGUGUUAACCUCAUCGAUACGUAGAAAAACUCAUAAAAAACCAAGAUUCUCUCCUAGUGAACCAGACAAUAAGAAUUCAAGUAGUUUAAUUGAAAGUAUUCUUUAUUAUUAUAGACAACAGAAAGAUCAGUAUACAAGUUUUGAUCGAAAUCUAAUCGAACUUCUUGUUAAAAGAAAUAGUGAAAGAAAUACGGGUUCAACGUCAACAAGUAGCACAUUUUAUUUUCGUCUGCAAUGGCUUGCUAUUGGUCUGGUUGUUGAUCGUUUAUUCUUUUAUAUUUACUUUACAGCGACAUUUGUUUCCUAUGCAGUUACACUAUGGCUUAUUCCCUAUGCUCGUGCAGAUUUAACGAUUGAUAUUCAUUCGUUGUAG